AUGGGCGGAGGAGGGUUACAAGGUUUCGAGCCCCUUCGGAGUUAUAUAGGCUUCAAUGGUGGUGUUUAUCUCCAAAAGACUAUUGGGCAGGAGGAGUGUUCUGCUGAAUCUCCCCCAAAGGGAAAGGCUGCUGCCAAGUCUUUAAGAGAUGAAGCUACUCAUUCGCAGGUAGAGAAUGUGUCUCUAUUGAGGAAGAAGCCAAGGUUCCCUUCUGCUAAGAAGACUCAAGUGGGGUCUGCUCUACCAUCAUUUGCCAGCGCCAAACAUCUCGUGGGCGCAGAUAGCACGAAGGUUGAUGGUAUGAACUAUGUUCGGGGUAUUUUGCCCGAGCCUCCUGCUGACAAGCUUGAAAACCGUGAUUUGCUUUGUGAGGCAACCUGUGCCCGAUCUAGUUCUGUCAAGCGUCAAAGAGAUGCAGACAUUCCUCCUCGAAGUUAG